AUGACCCUCAAAGGACGUUGGACGCUUCUCUCGACCGCGACCUCGCUCGCCCGCUCGUCCCACUCCGUGUCAGUGACGAAGUCUGGUCUCUUGACCGUCUACGGCGGUGAACUCAAACCCCGCACCCCGAUCGAUACGGGUUCCGGAAAGGACGAUCCACCGCGAGGGUCCCUCCACGUCUUCGAUUUGAACAAGGAUAACCUAUCGCAGAACUGGACAACGCUCUCCCCCGCCUUGCCGUCUUCCGAGGACACCACACACGGUUCAUCCGUCCCGGAGCCUCGGGUGGGAGCCACCCUCGUCUGUCACGAAGACGCGUUGUACAUGUGGGGAGGACGGGGCGGACAACAAAUGACGCCCUUCGAUCAGCACCAGAUCGGCAUAUGGAAGGCUACCGUCGAUCAAGGCGGGCAGGGUGCACAUGGCAUCCGCUGGGAGCGCAUCGCCCCCCUGAAUGAAGACCGAGCCCCUUCACCGCGUAGCUAUCAUACCUCCGUCGUCCAUGGGGAUAAACUCUACGUCCAUGCUGGCUGUCCCGAUACGGGUCGGCUAUCCACUCUGCAUGCGUUCGACGUGAAGAAACGCAUAUGGGAGACCCUGGCGUCUGCUCCGGAACCAGGACGCGGAGGCACUUGCCUUGUGCCAGCUGCCAUUCGGGGAUCGGGAGACCUUCUGUUGCGCUACGGCGGCUUCAGCGGUCAUGAGCUACCAACAGUCCAGGGGUCCGUCGACGUUUACGCCAUUGGAGAGAACAAGUGGUCAACCGUUGAUCCUGCCCCGGACCCUGAACACGGGUACCCAGGACCACGCUCCGUCCACGGCUUCUCGCCGUACCAAUCCCGGGCCCCUCAUUUGUCCAACGCGGUCGCGAUCCUCUAUCACGGCGAGCGCGACGCGAGCACGCUGGGCCACGCAGGGGCAGGCACCUUCUGGGACGACGCCUGGGUGCUCGCCAAAGAGCCAGGGGAGAGCGCUAUUUCGGGCUGGGCAUGGCACAAGGUCGACGUCGGGGCAGGGGACGUGCCGGCGGGACGCGGCUGGUUUCCGCCGGCGUCUUGGGUGGACCCCGAGGGCAAUACCCGGGUCGUGAUGUUUGGCGGCCUCCUGUCGAGCAACACGCGCAGCGACGAGCUUUGGGAGCUCCGCGUCGAUUGA